UCUCUUUCCAUCCCAGCUCCAUUUCCAUCCUCCACCCAUAGCCCUCUGUUCGAAACCUCUACCCUUUUGCCUUUCGCUCUCUCCUUUCUCGCCGUUUCCAAAAUUUUCCAUCUCAUUCUCCUCUCAUCCAUCGUUAAACCUUCAUUCUACACCCACCCCCCAUAUCCCCUUCAACUUCCCCCUUCUGGUCAGAAUCCUCUCUCUGUCUUCUUCUCUGUCUAUCUCCGUAAUUAGAACCCACUUUCCACCCUCCCCCAUCCGUUCCGUCACCCUCUCUAUUUCCACUCCCCUUCCUAGUGCCCUCCUUAUUAUCUUCUCUACAAAGCCUCUUCUCUCCUCCUCGUCCUCUCCUUCCACCCCUCUCCACAUCACGUUCCUCUCCUUCCUCCUUCUAUCCUCUUCCUCUCUCCUUGUCCUCUGUCUCUCCCUCUAUGUCAUCCUCUCUCUCUCUCGUCUAUCCUGUUUUUCAUCUUCUCCAUUUCCUUCCUUCGGUCAGUCCUCUUCUUCUCCACCUCCCUCCAACCGUCCUCUGGUUCCUACCUCUGCUCCGUCCUCCUCGUCCCUUCCCUUACCUCCUUCUGACCACCACCGCCUUCUCUUCUCCUCUCUACUCCGCCUCCGUAUUCUUCCCCCUUACUUCCUCUCCUCUCCGCUCUCUCCUCUUCAUUUUCUCAAUCUUUCUUCUCUUCAUGCCUCCUCAUCCUGACUAUCCCGUUUCUUUCCUCCUCCCACUUGCCUUCCUCUUCCAUCUCCACCUCUCUCCACCACUCCUCCAUCCUCUCUUGUUACUUCUAUCCCGUUCUUCCUCUCUUUCUCUUCUUCUGUUCCCUCUCCUCAAUCACCUUCUCUAUCCCUGUCUCUCUUCUUCUUCCUUUCUUACCUUCUCCUGUCCGUUCCUGCUCCUUUUCCUCUCUUUUUUCUUUUCACCUUCCUCUCUCUCCAUCUUCUUUUCCUCCCACAGCCUUUUCUCUUUCUCCUUGUCAGUUCUGCCCUUUCCGAUCUCUCUGUCCCUUCUGUCCUCCUCCGUUCUCUUCAUUUCUACUGCCUCCACUUUCUUCUCCUGUAUCCAUCCUCCGCUCCCUUUCUCUCUUUCCUCUCUCUCUUCUGUGCUCCCUCCGUCCUCUCUCCCUUUUGCCUUCCUCCUCCUCCACGUGCUUCCUUACACAUCACACUCAUCAACUCAAUCAUCUUCUUCAUGCCUUCUCUUAUCCCUUUCAACUCUCCGUUUAUUCUCUUUAGCUCUACACAUAUCUCCUCUGCUCCGUCUGUCCACUCCAUCUUUUCCUUCUUCCUCUUAUUCUUCUCACUCUUCGCACUUUCCGACAACAUUUUCUUCUUCGCUACCAUUUCUUCCACUCUAAUCUCUAUAUCAUGCGCUCUUUUACCGUUCUCAACUUCGAUAUAUCGAUCCGACUUUCUCUCGAACUCUCCUCUAAUCACCGCUCUCCCUCCUCUUCGUUCAAUACAUCGAUGUUACACUUUCUUAGUGGACCACGCGCCUGGCAACUUACGUGUUUUCAAAGCCCGCUACCAUCAUCUCCCCUCUUUACCUACCAGCUAUUCCUGUUGCCCAAUCUCCAGCCUCCUUUCUUCCAUUCUACCAAUCCUCUUUCUGCCCUGCACUCUCCACCAACUCUCAUAUCCCACCUCUCUCUCUGUGUAUCGAUGGUUCGAAGUAAGGUCCUCCUGUCAUGCCAUCUGUCGACUCUUCCUCAUACUCUCUCCCUCUCACCAGCGCCUCUCUCCAUCUCUCCUGCUGCUUGUCUGCUCAAUUUCCUUUUCCUUCCGCUUCUGCGCACUGUCUUGCCUCCAAAAUCUGCUGUCCCAUCCCCGGUCACCUGCUCCAAUAUUUCUGAUACUUCUCCUGCCUCUCCACUUUCAACUCUUCACUUCCCUCCAAUGUCCGAAUUACCUUUCCAUCUUUCUGACCUCCUUCACUCUCUCUCACCUUCCUUUUCACAUCUUUCUCACUUUCCUAACGUCCACUAGUGAAAUCACUACUCUCGAUUGUUCGCCACCGACCGCCAUUUUUUCUAUUCUCUCGUUUGCAUGUAUAUUUGUGUAUAUAUUCAACAUAAAUUAAGGAAUUAAAAAUAAUUUGCAUUUAAUAAUAAAAAUCAACUCAAAAACGAAAAAGAAGGUAAAUUUAUGAAAUAAAACAUAUAUUUAAAUUGAAAUAAAAUAUUUUACUUGGCGGAACAUAUACGGAUUACCGACAUUUGUCACAAGACUAAGAAAAAACCGCUAAAAAAUCUUACCAGUAUUCAUCAAAUAAAAUACGAUAUUUAUAAAUUAUUCUAUUUAAUACGAGAAAAUAAACAUGCGUGUUUAAUAUAUAAAAUGUGUUAACGUUUUUAUAAAUUUGCAAAAAAAAUUGUAUGGGGACCAAUGGUCUCCUUCUUAUUACUAAUGGAUACUUUAUUGAAGCCUCAUGUGACGCGCCUGCGCGAGAACAACUGAUUUGUCUAUCAACACUGAUGCUAAAUUUAUUCGCCCAUGUCGUAUGUAAAAUGUAUUGCAUAUAUACAUUCGUAUAAAUGUAUAUAAACGAGAAGCUGCCUUUUCAGCUCAUAGUUGGUAAUGUGAACAAGUAUAUUGGAUAGUGUAUUGUCACAAGUAUUGUUCUUUCGUGAACAUAAUGCUGCAAUUUAAUCCAUAUAAUGUAAUAUUUUUACUUGUUAUAACUUUCAAUGGUUUGGAUUAUCCGAAUACUCCGUUAACUUCGCAGGAAAGAUGAGUGAAUGUAAAAAUUAAACGUAUGCUAUUAAAAAUAAAAAAUGAGGAAUAAUUUCAAUUAGAAGAGGAAGAAACUUUAGAUUUUUAUGAUGAGUAUGAGAUCCCAGAAGCGGAAAAAGUUGAUUUAUUAGAGGCAGAUUAAAAAAAAAUCUAUUUUCCAGAAGAAGUUAUUUGUAAUUCAGUUGAAGAAACAAUAUCAACUGACUAUAAGAGGCAAACUGUGAAACACUGGAAAAGUAAUAAGACAAAACCAAGAUCGCUUGAAGGAGUUAAAUAAAAAUUUAGAAAAGUUACAUCAAUACGACAAUUACAACGAUGAGAAAACUAUUUCAUCCAAAGUAGUAGUAGGCCAGAAAAAUUAAAAAAAUUUCUAAAUACACAUUAGGCCAUUUUAAUAAAGCACUUGAAAGAAAAAUCAUCAUUCAUGGCAUUAACAUCGCUCGAUAGGCUUUUCGAGCACAAAAUGAAGGAAAUGUGGCAGGAUUCAAAGCUUCAGAAAAAUAGGUACAAAGAUUUAAAAAAACACAUAUUGUGACUAGAAAACUAACAAAA